AUGGCGGAACUUCUUGUGAGCGCAUCCACUGGAGCGAUGGGUUCCCUCCUGAAAAAGUUAGGUACCAUGUUGAGUGAUGAAUACAAGCUGCUCAAGGGUGUCCGUGAUGACAUCAACUCUCUCAAAGAUGAGCUCGAGGCUAUGCAAGCAUUCCUCCUCAUGAUGGCAGAUGUUGAGGAACCUGACCACCAAGCAAAGCUUCGUGCCGAUGCUGUGAGGGAGCUGUCAUAUGAGAUCGAGGAUAAAAUCGACAAGUUCAUCCUUCUCGUGGACCAUGAGCCAGCCAGCUCCAACUCUGAUCGCUUCAGGGAGUUUUUUAGCAAAAGCAUGAGCAAGAUUACCAACAUCAAGACCCGUCAUCGGAUUGCCAAGGAUGUCAAAGACAUCAAGAGCCAAAUCAAGGAGGUCAACAAGAGAUAUGCAAGGUACAAGAUCGAGGAGUCUUCCUCCAAGCCUAGAAAUGCAAGGGUUGACCCCCGACUCCUUGCUAUCUAUAAAGAUGCUUCCGAACUUGUCGGUAUCGAUGGGCCAAGAGAUGAAGUUGUAAAGUGGUUGGGAACCGAGGAAAGUGAAUCGUCACAUCACCCAAAAGUGGUCUCUUUUGUUGGAUAUGGAGGGUUAGGCAAGACUACUCUUGCCAAACAGGUUUAUGACAAGCUUGGGGAAAACUUUGAAUGUCGUGCUUUCGUGUCUAUUUCACGAAAUCCUGACAUGACGAAGAUUUUGAGUUCUGUAUUGUCUCAAAUACAAAAUAAAACAGAGGCUCAUGCUGGAUCAGAGGAUCUACAACACAUCAUCGACCACAUUAGAGAAUUCUUGAAAGAUAAAAGGUACUUUAUUGUAAUUGAUGAUAUAUGGGAUUUAUGUACAUGGCAAACGUUGGAUUGUGCGUUAUUCAAGAACAGUUGUGGCAGUGUAAUCAUGACCACAACACGUGUGUAUGGCAUAGCUAAAUCAUGUUGCUCUUCUCAUGGGGAUCUUGUCUACAAAAUCAAACCACUUAAUGUUUCUGACUCGAAGAAGCUAUUUUUCAAGAGAAUAUUUGGUUCUGAAGAAAAUUGCCCUUCAAAAUUGAAAGAAGCCUCAGAAGAUAUUUUAAAAAAAUGUGAUGGUUUACCAUUGGCGAUCAAUGCCAUAUCUGGCUUACUGGCAUUGCACAGGGAAUCAAAAGAAGAGUGGGAGCGUGUGAGACGUUCUGCUGGCUUCUCACAAGGCAAAAGUUCUGGCACUAAUGCCAUGAUAUACAUACUGUCGCUGAGUUACUUUGACCUUCCCCUUCACCUAAGAAGUUGCCUGUUGUAUUUGACUAUGUUUCCAGAAGAUUAUGAGAUUCAAGUGCAGCGUUUAGUACACAGAUGGAUUUCUGAGGGUUUUAUUCAUGGCGAACGUGGGGAGGAUCUUGUUGAAUUAGCAGAGAUCUAUUUUCAUGAGCUUGUUAACAGAAGUUUAAUACAGCCGGUUGAUAUAGAAUAUGAUGGCAAGGCCACCAUUUGUCGAGUUCACGACACUAUCCUUGAUUUCCUCAUUUUAAAGGCUACCGAAGAGAACUUUUGUGCAUUCCUAGGAAGUCGUUCAAAGCAAGAUAGAAAAAUCCGUCGGCUCUCUCUGACUGGGAAUGAGGAACAAGGAAGUUUUGAGCAACUGGAUCUAUCACAUGCUCGGACACUUGGGUAUUUUGGGUAUGAUGGGAACAUAUAUUUUCCUACCUUACCGAAGUCUAGUGCUCUACGUGUGCUGGAUGUAUAUGGUUGUGAUGCAGUGGGGAACCAUCAUGUCAAACAUAUUGGAAGACUUUUCCAGCUGAGGUACUUGAACAUUUGUAACACAGAUAUAUCUGAGCUUCCUAAUCAAAUUGGAGACUUGGAGUAUCUGGAGACACUACACGCAAAAUGCAGAAGCUUACUUGAGCUGCCUGAAUCAGUUAGCCGGCUAAAACGAUUGACACGUCUGAUUCUUGAUCGGGCAACAAAAUUGCCCAAUGGGAUUGGGAACAUGAAGAGCUUGGAAGAGCUUGAGGAUAUAGCACUCUGGAGGCAGUCACCAAACUUUGGGGAAGAGCUUGGCAAGCUAACAAACCUCAGGAAGCUGAAAUUUGCUUGGAAAAUCUGUGGACUUGACCAAGCAGAACAUUGGAACGAAAAGCUAGUGUCCUCUCUUCGUGAGCUGGAAAAAUGCAGCCUUAAGAUCAUCUGUGUUAGAAUCGUGUUGCCAAAAACAGAUGACUUCGUUGGCCAGUGUACGCUCCCUGAUCUGAAAAGCAUCCGAGAGGUUGAAGUACAUUAUGGGAAAGUCUGUUGGAUUAACAACUGGUUGCAUUCUCUGGACAACCUAGAAAAAUUACGUAUUUGUCCUGAUGUGAAAGUAGAGCCGCAAGACUUUGAUACUUUUGCAGGUAUACCUACUCUGGUGCAACUGGACAUGUACAGUUCUUGUGUAGGAAGAGGGCCCAUUGUCAUCAGCAGAGGAUUUCAACAGUUACAGAAGUUUGAAAUGCCAUAUGGUUCCAGAGAGCUGAGGUUUGAAGCAGGGGCAAUGCCAAAUCUCAACAAGCUUGAGAUCAGUAUUUUCCUAGAUGAGCUCAAGCCUGCUGGUAGUGGUGUUAAUUUUGGCAUCCAACACCUCUCCAGCCUGUGUCGGGUCUAUAUCUCAGUGCACAGCUCGGGAGUGACGCCUGCAGAGGUGGAGGCUGUGGAGGAUGCUUUGAAUAGCAUGGCCGAGGCACACCCUAACCGACCCGCAUUGAUAUUGGAUAGAAUAGACGGAGGCAACGCUGAUCUUCGACUUUUUUUUGACACGGUGAUUUUGAGCUUAGACUAG